UGCCCUUCUCUACCCUCCCUUCGCAGCCAUCCCCCUCCCUCCCCUCCAGCCUCUCCCCCCGCACCCCUCCCUCACACACACUCACACACACACACUUUCUCUCUCUCUCUCUCACACACACACACACACACACACACACACACACACACAUACACACACACACACACACACACACACAAGCGGGAGAAAUAAUGAGCGAGACCGGGCGGCAGCAGCAGCAGCGCCGAGAAGCCCAGGCAACGGCAGAACCGCUCCGACCGCGGCGGCGGCAGCAGCACCAGCGACAGGAGCGAGCGCAGCGCUAGCGCGGCGCGGGAACCGCCACGCUCCUUCCCGGCUCCAGCCUUCCUCCCUCCAGCCGCUCGCUCGGCUCUCCGCGCAUCCACCUCCUUCCCCUCCUCCUGCUCAUUCACUCUUUUCCCUCACUCUCCCCUCCUCCUCGGCUUCGCCCCGCGCCCCGCCAGCCCUCGCGCUUCCCCACUCCCUCUGCCGGUCCUCCCCGCUCCCCUCCUCCCGCUCAUUCACUCGCCCCUCUCCCUUCUCCACUCCGUCCCCCUCUCCUCCUUUCUUCUCCUUCUUUCACCCUCCGUCUCUCACACCCCCUCCAUUCCCCUGUCUCCUUUCUGACACUGCACUGCAGCUGCUUCUCAGCCCUGCCCCCUCCCCAGUGAGAACAAACCAGCAACAUAGCUUUUUUUUUUGCCUAAAGAGAUUUCUAUUGACCCGAUAAAAAAAAAGAAAAGAAAAAACCCUUAAGAUAACCCACAAGCAAAAAAAAAAAAAAAGCCAAAAAAAAAAAAAAAAGAACGAAAAAAAACCAUAAAAAACAAAAGGGAGAAUCCUCUCCCCGUAGCAGCGGCUGGAACUGCAAACAUGAUGGCGGCAGCUCCCAUCCAGCAGAACGGGACCCACACGGGGGUUCCCAUAGACCUGGACCCGCCGGACUCGCGGAAAAGGCCGCUGGAAGCCCCCCCUGAAGCCGGCAGCACCAAGAGGACCAAUACGGGCGAAGACGGCCAGUAUUUUCUAAAGGUUCUCAUACCUAGUUAUGCUGCUGGAUCUAUAAUUGGGAAGGGAGGACAGACAAUUGUGCAGUUGCAAAAAGAAACUGGAGCCACCAUCAAGCUGUCUAAGUCCAAAGAUUUUUACCCAGGUACUACUGAACGAGUGUGUUUGAUCCAGGGAACAGUAGAAGCACUGAAUGCAGUUCAUGGAUUCAUUGCAGAAAAAAUUCGAGAAAUGCCCCAAAAUGUGGCCAAGACAGAACCAGUCAGCAUUCUACAGCCCCAGACCACCGUUAAUCCAGAUCGCAUCAAACAAGUAAAGAUUAUAGUUCCCAACAGCACAGCAGGUCUGAUAAUAGGGAAGGGAGGUGCCACUGUGAAGGCUAUAAUGGAGCAGUCAGGGGCAUGGGUGCAGCUUUCCCAGAAACCUGAUGGGAUCAACUUGCAAGAGAGGGUUGUCACUGUGAGUGGAGAACCAGAACAAAACCGAAAAGCUGUUGAACUUAUCAUCCAGAAGAUACAAGAGGAUCCACAGAGUGGCAGCUGUCUCAAUAUCAGUUAUGCCAAUGUUACAGGUCCAGUGGCCAAUUCCAAUCCAACCGGAUCUCCUUAUGCAAACACUGCUGAAGUGUUACCAACUGCUGCAGCAGCCGCAGGGCUCUUAGGACACGCUAACCUUGCUGGCGUGGCAGCCUUUCCAGCAGUUUUAUCUGGCUUCACAGGCAAUGACCUGGUGGCCAUCACCUCUGCACUUAAUACAUUAGCCAGCUAUGGAUAUAAUCUCAACACACUAGGUUUAGGUCUCAGUCAAGCAGCAGCAACAGGGGCUUUGGCUGCAGCAGCUGCCAGUGCCAACCCAGCAGCAGCAGCAGCCAAUCUGUUGGCCACCUAUGCUAGUGAAGCCUCAGCCAGUGGCAGCACAGCUGGUGGUACAGCGGGGACAUUUGCAUUAGGUAGCCUGGCUGCUGCUACUGCUGCAACCAAUGGAUAUUUCGGAGCUGCUUCUCCCCUAGCUGCCAGUGCCAUUUUAGGAACAGAGAAAUCCACAGAUGGAUCAAAGGAUGUAGUUGAAAUAGCAGUGCCAGAAAACUUAGUUGGUGCAAUACUUGGCAAAGGAGGGAAAACAUUAGUGGAAUACCAGGAGUUGACUGGUGCAAGGAUACAGAUCUCCAAAAAAGGAGAAUUCGUACCUGGCACAAGGAAUCGGAAGGUAACCAUUACUGGAACACCAGCUGCAACACAGGCUGCUCAGUAUUUAAUUACACAAAGGAUCACAUAUGAGCAAGGAGUCCGGGCUGCCAAUCCUCAGAAAGUGGGUUGAGUGCCCCAAUUACACACCAGAUUGUUUUAACCCCUCCUUUACCCCAUUUUCAAGAAAGAUGUACUGUACUUUGCAGAAGUGAAGUUUUUCUGUUAUUAAUAUAUAAUUAUGCAAAUGAAUGCGACUAUGUUGACAAUGUGUAUAUGUAAAUAAUAUGUGUUUUACCAGGUGUUUC